AGUCGUUCCCAGCGCACAUCAGUUCGCCUCCUGCCCUACGACUCGAGACAUAAUCGCCGCUCAAUCCGCAUCCGCCGUCACAAAUCCACAGAAUGCCCAUCAAUUGGCGUCUUCGAUUGGCACACAAUGCCCGUGGCACGCUCACACAGUAUGCUGGAUCACCAGUGCCAUUCCUCGCACCCCACGUUUUCGACUGUGCCUUCGAGAGUCUUGACCGAGUUUCCGAGACAUGACAAAGCUUCCUCCCCCUUGUGCUCCGCUGCUGCGAGCGAGCAGGCCUUCUGUGUGAGUAAUGCAUGCGCGAGUGUAGACCACAGCUGCAGCCAAGCAUUGAAGCAUCCAAGCAUUGAAGCAUCCAAGCUAGCAGGCUCACUGCUUCGAAGCUAUGAGAGCCGAACAAACAGCCACCAAACAACACUCGUCAGCUUGUUUCCCUGGCAAAAGCCCGUCGACUGUACGGCCAGAAAGCCAUCAGCUUCCUCAACUGACUGGCGUAACGCUUGCGGCUUUACGGCUUUAGGCCUGCCGACCACGGCGUUGGAGGCGUUGGGAUGGCUUGGGUAG